GUGCCUGCAACAGUAAAUUGGUCGAACCAACACUGUCCCGCAUGAGCUAGAAGGCUAUCUUGCGAUGCACAGAUCAUGGAGUGCUCCAGCGGUCGCUAGGUGUAACGACUCACCGGGACCAGACACUAGGCUGAGCGCGCGGCUCCUCUGGGCACAAGCCUACCAAGACCUACACCGCAGCCAUGUAUCCACUAUAGCCAGUCCGCUCCUCUCUCAUCGUGCAUACAGCGUCGACAUGCUCCUGGACAGCCAUGGCUGAAGAGCAGCACCCCUCGUCCUCGCGCGCAACGCCCACGCUGUCCUCCAAGAGCAACUUCAAGCCUAUCACCUACGGCUCAUCGUCUACGAGCGCGCACGAUUCGGCGGUCGAGGUCUCGCCGACCGAUCCGCCAUCCCGCGCGCCCCCGCUGCUGUAUACGUACUCGCAUCCCAACGGGCACCGCAUCAUACCGCCGAGCAUCAGUGGACAUGGGCGUCUUAUAAUUGCACACAGGACUGUGCCGUACUGGGGAGGAGCGCUAGUGGUGAUUGGGUCUUUUGCUUGGGCGGUGUUUGUUGCUAUGCACGUUUUUGAGCUGCUGGGGGCAAAGCAUCCUAGCACUAGACCGGGAUAUGGGAGGGGAGAUUGUGAGGGAUGGUUCUGCUGAGACGGUAAACCUGUCAAAUCAAUGUGAAGGAAGACUUAGAGUGGCUCCCCGUAUGCCAAUGGGAUACAGCCUCCAUGUUGAUGCACCCACCGUCGUGCAAUACGGCGCUAGCUUUGGGCCGCCGGUCGUCAUACUUGAGCAGCGUCGCGGGUGGCUGAGAACGGUUAUCAGGACUGAGUCUGUAAGGAUUACAGCAUGAGUACAGUUGAACACUGGCUGGAUAGAACAGCAAUUCCAACACUACUAGAUGCAAGCGUUCCC